GGAGCUCAUAGGAAUCUUUAUCGGACCGCUCCUCCUCAAACUCCUGCAGCCCAUUUACGUAGUACACCGGGCAUUUCGACAACAAUAUCUUAGACGCCAUUAAAUCUCGAUAUUUCACUACGUGAACAGAUGGACGAGUGGCUAGACCCUUAUGACAUGCUCAACUAUGAUUCAGUUGCCAAAACUAUGCGAAAGACGAUAAAGACUGAGCCACAGUCCAGUAGUCAACAUGUGGAGGAUCUGCAGAGACAGAUCGGGAUGCUUGCUUUGAUACUGUUAGCCAUCACCUGCAUCCAGAAGAAGUUUUCUGGUCCUCUAAUCUUUUGGCCCUUGAAAUUCAUCAUGGUGCUGAUCUUUUACUUCCUUGUCAGUAUUCCUUGGAGUUGGUUAUGUCUGUACCAGGUUGCCUUCUUUGAGCAUCAAAACAUCAUCAGAGAAACUGUAAACCUCAAUGAAGAAUGUAAAGGAAUACAAGAAAUGGAUUGGACCGAUGGUUUGAAAGAGUGGUUCAGAACCAGCAGGCCUCUCCAUGACGACCCCUGUGAAGAUUACUAUGCUUUUUUUAGAAAGAAUCCUGUACGUCUAACCAAGGUAGUAGAAUUUACCUUCUGGAUUUUAAUGAAAGACCCACUAAGACACUUUGGGGAGGGUAUAAGUGAGCUUCAUCGAGCAAUCCUAAAAUAUCUGCCAGUUACCCUUCAGUUUCCAGUCUUCAUGAUCAUCAUGCUCAUCAUUUUGUGGUUCAUGAAUGAAAGUGUAGAGCCUGGCUCGCAACACUACACCAAGACACCAAUGAAUAAUCUGCAAGAUCUUCCUUCAGGAGUGAAGGAUGGUGAUCGGAUGUCUGCGUCUGACCAGGAUUGUGACCAAGCUGUUGAUAAAAGUCUUGUCGAUAAUGUGGGAAGUAGCAUCACUGCAGAGACACCGGGCUGUGUCGAACCUCAACUUAGAAAAAAUGAGAAUAAAGAAAAUGUUGAGGCGAUUGAGAAUCUCUCUGUUAGUUCAAGGUUCACAAACCAGCAGAAGACACCUGAGAAGUCUGCUGCCAACACUGAUGAACCAGACAGCUUAUGCCCAGUCAACGUGAAUCCUUCACAGGCUAAUCUGGAGGACAAAGAAGACUUCAAGGAAGACGACGCGUCCUCCAUGUCUCUAAGAAACUCUUUUAAGCUACCGACUUCUGUUGAGGAGACAAGUCCAAAGUUAAUGGAUUAGACUUCAAAGCAAAGUUUGUUGUUCAGAAAUGAUCUCCAUUUAACUGCUUGACUCAUAUUUUGAUAGUAGAAUCGUCUUGCGAACAGUAAAAUGGCUCCUCUGUGAUAAGUUGAAUUUAGGUGCAACAAGACACUUUGCUCUUUUAUCAGGAAUGUUUUAUUUUUCUUUAGAUACAAAGGAAAAUGUUCCCCAAUUCACAAGACUUAAUGUUACCUCUGUGAUUACUACUAGUUGUAUUACAUUUACAAGAAAAGACUUGAAGAAACAAUUGAGCAAUAAACAAAAAAUGUUUAAAUAAACAAAAUAAAUUAAUCUCUUAGUAUUUUUAUUUUUAAGAGAAAAUAAUGUAUUUUUUUUGCUAUGAGUAAUGAGUCUAUAACACUCAUUUAUUGCACAACUCAUACAUCCAGAAACACUUACGUGGUAGACAUUUAGGACUAUAAGGAGAGUUAGAAAGUUACAAAUGUUAUUUUACAAAGAUUUAAAAAAAAUACUUUAUGCUGAGGAUGUUAAUCAGUGAUUCAGCUAGAUUUUACAUUUUAGUGUUGUUUGUGGUUCACUGGUUCUCUGUGAUUUUGUUUUCUGUAAGAAGUGGACAUUUAUACAACGAGAUGAAAAUAUUUUUCUGUGAAAAAUUACUUCGUGUAUUUUUGUCCAUACUAAAACAACCAGAAUUAUCUGGUUGCCUGGAAGUUUGUUUUGCUGUUCAUCAUCAGGCAAAAUUCAGAAAUUGGUGAGGCUUUUCAGCUAUGGUUGACAGACGUUUCAUUACAGUGUAUCUAGAGCAAUCUUGGUCUUCUUCUGCUGAAAUAGACUUGAAAUGUGAAAUUCUGCAUUAUUGUUAUUUUAGCCCAUGUAAUACUAAAGUACAGUUUUGAGGGUGUUGUUAAUUAACUGGAGUUAUUGUGGUAGUAAAGCUUAAGUUAUGCUUCUACCUCAGCAAAGCAUUGCCAUGUAUAGAAAUUGUGUAAAAUAAAUCACUGAAUUUAAUAAUUUG